CUGGAUCUGGAAUAAACUGUGAGGACGAGAGGUGUCAGUAAAGCGGUGAGAGAACCAGCAGCCAGUUGGACGUCAGGGAGUCUCCUGAGGCCACAUGUUGCAGCGUUAACCGACCACACCACUUGUUAAAAAGAAGUCAUAGAGCUGCAGCGGUUGUUGACGUUGGCACGAAGCUCAGACCAAACCAAGCUCUCACAGAACGUCUCAAGUCCGAUUUGGCUGAAGUUUGCUGAGAAGAGCAGCAGCAGCAGCAGCAGCGUCAGCCUGUGUCUCUGAAUCGGAACCACAGAAGAACCACAGCACACAACUGAAGUUGAGCUUGAGGUGAAGCUGAAGGUAACUGUGCAUCACUGCAGCAGCAGCAGAACAUGAGGAAGCUGCAGCACAGAAAACCAGAAUGAGGAGAACAAACAGAACGAUCUUGAUUUCAGAGUGACCAUGAGGAACGCCCCCCCCUCCUGAAGUCAGCACAGGCCGCCAUGGACGAGUCGGACGUAGACAGGAAAGAGACACCGAUGCUCCAGCCUGGAUGUUCUCAGGCGGACACCGCGCUCCUGUUCCCCGCCUCUCUGGCCCCAGACCCGGUCACCCCGCUCACUCACCUGGGGCCGCUGCUGGCCGGACUAGACGCACCGAGGACCGGGGGCGGUUGGGACAGGAGGCCGGACCCCGGGUUUCAGUCAGUGGGAACAACGAGGGAACCGGGAAGAGAAGCCCACUCUGACCAGAGCGUCGUCAUCCUGCACGCCAAGGUGGCUCAGAAGUCCUACGGCAACGAGAAGAGGUUCUUCUGUCCUCCGCCCUGUGUUUACAUCCGUGGUCAUGGAUGGAAGGUCAUGCAGGAUCAUCUAAAGGCGGCUGGUUAUGGAGACUCUGUGUAUCGCAUGUGUGGUUACAUGUGUCUGGACAACUCCAGUCAGUCUCAGGCCGACACUUUCAAACUGGUCUUCGAUGAGCAGCCAGACUCCACG